CAAUGACCCACUCGGUGACCCUGCGCGGCCCUUCACCCUGGGGCUUCCGCCUGGUGGGCGGCCGGGACUUCAGUGCUCCCCUCACCAUCUCGCGGGUGACCCGAAGCGCUUGAGUCUGUUGAGUCAAUAAAGGACGCCAGGGUAUCCUGCAGAGAUGGAGUUAUAACCCCAGAGUGCAGGCUGGUCUUUGGAACUGGACGGCUUUGAACUUGCGUAAGGAGGUUCACGCUGGGAGCAAAGCGGCCCUGGCCGCCCUGUGCCCAGGUGACUUGAUCCAAGCCAUCAAUGGUGAGAGCACUGAGCUCAUGACACACCUGGAGGCCCAGAACCGCAUUAAAGGCUGCCAUGAUCAUCUUACGCUCUCUAUAAGCAGGCCUGAGAACAAGAACUGGCCCAGUGUCCCUGAUGACAAGGCUCAAGCACACAGGAUCCACAUUGACCCUGAGUCCCAGGAUGGCAGCCCAGCCAGCAGCAGGCGGUCCUCGAUCUCCGGCUUCAGUCUGGAGGACAACAGAUCAGGCCUCGGGUCUCCGUAUGGUCAGCCACCUCGCCUUCCCGUCCCUCACAAUGGCAGCAGCAAUGAGGUCACCCUGCCAGCCCAGAUGAGCGCUCUGCAUGUGUCUCCGCCCCCCAGUGCUGACACAGCCAGGGUGCUCCCUCGGAACCGGGACAACAGGGUGGACCUGGGUUCAGAGGUAUACAGGAUGUUAAGGGAGCCAGCAGAGCCCGCAGCCUCGGAGCCCAAACAGUCUGGAUCCUUCCGCUACUUGCAAGGCAUGCUAGAGGCUGGUGAAGGCGGGGAUCGGCCUGGGUCCGGUGGUCCCCGGAACCUCAAGCCAGCAGUCAGCAAGCUGGGUGCUCCACUGAGUGGCCUGCAGGGGCUACCAGAGUGCACGCGCUGCGGCCACGGGAUCGUGGGAACCAUCGUCAAGGCAAGGGACAAGCUCUACCAUCCCGAGUGCUUCAUGUGUAGCGACUGUGGCCUGAAUCUCAAACAGCGUGGCUACUUCUUCCUGGAGGAACGGCUGUACUGUGAGAACCACGCCAAGGCUCGCGUCAAGCCACCGGAGGGAUACGACGUGGUGGCUGUAUACCCCAAUGCCAAGGUGGAACUUGUCUGAGCUGGGAAAUCUUGUCUUGCCUCUGCUUCAUCUAAUGUCCCCUCGUGGCCUGUGUAAAUAUAUGUCCUCCUGGCCUUUCUAAUAAAGUCCCUCUGCUUGCCCUGGAA